UGACGCGGAUGACGCUGAUAUCCCGCAGACCGGCAUCCCAUUGGCCUUCGGCGUUGCAUUCCUCCUUUUUUCCCACUGCGGAUAAGGUGAUAUUUAAACCUGAGCUGCCUGCGAUCACGUCUUCAGCUGCCAAGCUGUGAAGCUCGCCAAGCUUUGGAACUAAUAAGUCGCGCCAUUAUCUGAUCAGGUCGACCUGGAUGCGAGUUGAUUCAUUCACCAACAAACCUCGAUCCUCUGCGGACCUUCAAAUAGUUCACCUAUAACCGUAUCGGCUUGAUUGACGCCCUCCGACCUCGACGAUAUCUCUCUCCGAUCUUACAAGUUCAUUGCCGAUAAGAUACGAUGAGGCUCACCGUAUCGCUCGCAUCGGUCGCUGCGGUAUCGGCGCUCGCCGUGCUGAAAGACGGUCCCGACUUUUUCAAGGACCAAAUCCAUCACGCAGAGUCUCUGCUCGGAGAUACUCGGUCGAAGCUCACCUCCUCAUUCGACGAAGCUGUCGAUUUUCUCUCCUCAGGGAUAGCGAAUGCCAUCCAUAAUGCCGAAGAAAAGGUUCGCAAUGAGGUCGGCGCGAUAUUCGCUCAGGAAUCCGGCCACGGCAACCGUGGAUCCGCCGCUGGGUACGACGUCGACCUUGUUGAGCACGACCAAUCUAACUACACCAUCUACGAGCUCAUUUCCAAGAGCAACCACACGACCGAGUUCUACAAGCUUGUGAAGGACCACUCAAAGGUGGUGAAGCUGCUCAACGAUUCCGAUGCGUCGUACACUCUGUUCGUGCCGAUUGACAAGGCGUUCGAGGACAUCCCCAAGCACAAGAAGCCGAGCGAUGAAUUCGUCGAGGAUCUGCUCGAUUAUCAUGUUGGAGUGGGUAGCUAUCCUGCUGUGAGAAUUCUCACGACACACACUCUCCCGACAGCAUUGGAGGAGAAGUUCCUCGGCGGAAAGCCCCAGCGCCUCCGAACCAGCGUUGGAAUCUCGGGCGUGCGUGUCAAUGUCUACAGCAAAGUUGUUGCCGUGAACAUUAAAGCGAAGAAUGGCUACAUCCACGCCGUUAACAAGAUCCUCAUCCCACCCACCAUGAUUGGUCGAGAGAUUAGCUUCUUCCCGGCCCAGUUCUCUACUCUCCUCCUCGCAUACGACAAGACCGAUUUUGUCAAAUACAUACACGCCGUCAAGAUGAUCGGUAGCACCGUGUUUGCCCCCUCGAAUUCGGCAUGGGAGCGCCUGGGCCCCAGAGCAAACGCGUUCCUCUUCAACACCGAGAAAGGAAAGAAGUACCUGACAGCCCUCCUGAAAUACCAAAUCGUGCCGAACAUCACCCUGUACAGCGACGAGAUCUACUACGGAGACGACAAGACGACAAAGCCUGAGGUGGUGAUGGACGGCGUCGACCAUUUCCACUUGGAACUCCAUCCUUUGUUGGAGAAGAGCAGCUUGGGAGUGGAUGUGUACAACUGGAAGGGUUGGACCUCGAUAGUUGUAAAUGGGGCCGUGAAGGUUGGGUUCCAGGAUGGCAUUGGUAAGAACGGUGUUAUCCAUGUGGUUGAAGACAUCCCACUUCCUCCGUGCAAGCGUGGUGGAAAGGAGAGCGAUGCAUGGACCGGUGAGAUUGAAGUGGAGGAUCUGAUGGAGAGACUGAGUGAGUUUGUGGAUGAGGAUGAUGAGCAAGACUGGAUAACAGGCGAUCUUUAAAGGUGAGAUGCCGCGAGGCUUCACAAGGCACUGGGACCGAGCAUAAACGAGGGAGGUUCUUAUACUUACAUUCCACUCCAGUCAUGUGUAAUUGUAUCAAAGUUGACGUCGUAAAACUUAAUCAAUCGAGAACCUUAUGUCCGUGGAUUCGACAAUUACGUAGGAAUAUAUUGACAUGGACGCAAACGCGUACUGGGAGAUUGGGUCGUUCGCCAGCGAUGAGACACUCCGUCACUUUUAUGUCAGACGUUUUACAGCCCGUUUUGAAGCAAUUGAUUCCAAAACGAUGAGAGUAG